AUGGGACUGGUAAUAGGUUUAAUGGAUAAAGGUUUGUUGCUACCAGAAGCUAUCGAGCAGGUUUUAGCAAAAGCAGAGGAGAAAAAACGUACUAGCCUUAACAAAAAUCUAUACUAUUUUAUUAAUAAAGAAGAACACGAAUUUAAG